AUGAGUGCUACAAUCGCCAUGGCACCUUCACCUGCACCUCAUGACCGGUCGUCCUAUGCAGACACAACACAUGCUUCACCUUCUGCUCACGUGAAGACCAACUCCACAGCUCGUACAUCAUCUUCGGUGCCUAAGCCUAAUAACAUCGGGUCCCGGACGGGAAGCACCAGCCCUGCAACAAUAUCAAGAAAGCAUUCAUCCAAAGACUCCCCAAUAUUGUCCCGACAGGAAGCUAAAUCGCAAGUAGUCGUCAAGGAAGAACCAACCUCAUCACCAGAUCUACGCCAUCGACCUAGGAAACUAGAUCUGUCGACUAACACACCCACUAUAGUCGCAAACCCCCCUAGUGACGCGGCAAAUCCGAUGCUAACCUCAAGACCUCUGAUAGGUCCAUUGACUGGACGGAUGGACGGCCUCGGAAUUCAGGAGGUCGGAUUGGCAUGCUUGUCCCCUGGAUUUAAUACUCAAGAUCCCACAAUGCGCGAUCACUUACAGCGAAGCUUAUCUGUACGAGAGCAACAGAGAAACCUGAUCGAGGCUCGUAUGAAUAAGCAAUCAGCAAAAGCAGAAAACACCGCUGCCGCUGCCGAAAGUACAAAAGAAAGGACGGAGUCUGGUGCGGCUAAUACUGGGCGGGCGCCCGGAACUUCUAAAAGAAAGGCUCCUCCAGGUCUAAGUAUCGUCACGCCGUCUCACGAAGAGUUUGCUCAAGAGAGAGUCAUACAGUCGGCGCCCCUCAACCAAACAUUCACCACUGGUCGUUACCAGCCGUUACCUCUUACAAGACAUGUAACUAACCAGCCAUCAAACCUAUCAAAUACCUCUCACAUCCACGCACAUGCUCGCUCUUCCACACAAUCAACAAACUCGACUUCUAUCCAGCAUGCCCCCGCCAUCCAAACGAGCAAUCGCCUUCCGCCUAUCAUGGACAUAUUUGCUGCCGAAAAUCUUACUAUCCGUGAUGGCUCUAACCAACGUUCUUCGGCAAUAUCCACAAAUGGUUCUACAUCAAAUUCAUCCCACUCAAAUUCUCGGCCGCCUUUUCCUUCCCCAAACCAGUCUGCACCACAGCCACCACAAUCAACACGGCCCCGUGAGCCUCGCUCAGCAGAGGAAGCUCAAGUGGAACUUUCAGGCGGUAGACCUGAACUUCUGCCGCGGCUAUUACACUACGGUGGUCACCAACCCCCAACACCGCCUAGCCCACGCUCCAACAAGAAUGGUAGAGCCGGUGAUGCAAAUAGGGAUGGUACUAGUAGGCGGAGAAUGAGACGGGAAUACGAGGAGGGUGAAUCGCCACCCCUUGGUAACGGACCUAGCACCAGUCGAAGAAGCGGACCAUUUAACAAUGGGCGAGAAAGCCCCAUGAGUACGCAGAUGAAAAGGGAGCAAUUCAUCAAACUCUGUGCUGAAGCCUGGGACCUCUUUCAUUCGUAA